AUGACUGUUGCUGAUUCGGAUUUCCCGAUUGAUAAUGGCGCGAGUUGUUUGCCGAUUCCGCCGGAAGAAGAGAAGCGGAUCGUGUCUGAGUUGAUUAAGAAAUCGGAACUUAAUUUGAAAGAGGGCAACUUGUACUACGUUAUUUCCAAUAGAUGGUUUUCAAGGUGGCAGAUGUAUGUGGGGCAUUGUCCUGGAAUGCUUUCCACCGAUCAGCAAUCUUCGGAUGGCCUGCAUGCCGACACCGCUAGACCUGGUCCAAUUGAUAAUUCUGAUAUUAUUUCAAAUGGAAGUAAUUGUGAUGGGAAUGAUUUAGAUCUUCAUCGAACAUUGCAAGAAGAGACAGACUAUGUUUUAGUUCCUCAAGAAGUAUGGGAAAGGCUGUUGGAAUGGUACAAAGGUGGACCGGAAUUGCCAAGAAAGUUGAUUUCUCAGGGUGUUGGACAGAAGCAGUACAGUAUUGAGGUGUACCCACUUAGUCUAAAGGUGACCGAUGCGAGAGACAACAGUGUUUCAAUUGUAAAAUUAAGCAAAAAGGCUACGUUGAGUGAACUUUAUGAGCUGGUGUGCAAAGUUAAAGGAGUAGAACAGAACAAGGCUUGUAUUUGGGAUUACUUCAAUUUGAACAAGCUUUCAUUACUGACGGCUUCAGACCACCAAACAUUGGAGGAUGCAAACAUGACAAUGGACCAUGAUAUUCUUCUAGAAGUUUCUGUCAAUACAGACAGUUCUUCUCAUUCUGGUGUGCAUUCAAUAGGAAAUGAAUUAGCAUUGGGAAGUUCUGUAAGUUCAUCAUUGACUACUAUGGAUGAUAACUAUGACAUCUAUAGAGGUGAAAGGGGUGGUUUAGCAGGACUGCAGAACUUGGGGAAUACCUGCUUUAUGAAUAGUGCUCUUCAAUGUUUAGUCCACACUCCACCACUUUUUGAAUUUUUCUUACAAGAUUACAAUGAUGAAAUCAACAGGGACAAUCCUUUAGGAAUGAGUGGUGAGUUAGCACUUGCAUUUGGUGACUUGUUGAGGAAACUCUGGUCCUCUGGGCGAACUGCUAUUGCACCACGCGCGUUCAAGGGAAAGCUGGCCCGAUUUGCUCCACAAUUCAGUGGCUAUAACCAACAUGAUUCUCAAGAAUUGCUUGCCUUUUUAUUGGAUGGACUGCAUGAAGAUUUGAAUCGUGUGAAACAAAAGCCUUACAUUGAAAUGAAGGACUCAGAUAAUAGGCCAGAUGAGGAAGUUGCGUAUGAGUGUUGGAAAAAUCAUAUGGCUCGGAAUGAUUCAUUGAUUGUUGAUGAAUGCCAGGGUCAAUACAAAUCAACAUUGGUUUGUCCUGAAUGUGGCAAAAUUUCAAUCACUUUCGAUCCCUUUAUGUAUUUAUCAUUACCACUCCCUUCCACUGUCACCCGGACAAUGACAGUUACUGUCUUUUAUUGUGAUGGGAGUGGACUUCCCAUGCCGUACACAGUGAAUGUUCUGAAGCAUGGUUGCUGCAGAGACCUUUGCCAAGCAUUGGGCACUGCAUGCUGUUUGAAGAGUGAUGAAAUGCUUUUGCUUGCAGAGGUUUAUGAGCAUAAGAUUUAUCGAUAUCUAGAGAAUCCGUUAGAGUCAUUGACUUCAAUCAAGGAUGAAGAACAUAUUGUCGCCUAUCGACUCAAGAAUGGAGCCAGGAAAACAAAACUAGAAAUAGUGCAUCGAUGUCCGGAUAAUUUAAAGGGUGGAGACAAGAAGAUCUUUGGAACUCCCUUGGUUACUUAUUUGGUAGAAGAUCCUCAAUAUGGAGCAAACAUUGAGACAUAUAUACAUAGAAUGUUGGCACCUUUAAGAAAAGCACAUUCUUCAACUAGGUCUCAUGAAGGGAAGGAAAAUGGUUUCAUCUCAGGUAGUAGUGAUGAGCAAUCAAGCAUCUCUAAUUCUGAAAGUGAGCCAAGAAACCUGACACAUGGCUCCAGAGAACAGGAGGGGACAUCAUGUGGGGAGUCUUCUUUCCAACUUGCUUUAACUAAUGAUGGAUGUUUUAGCUGUGAGCCCAUUGAAAAGGCAUCUGUGAUAAAACCCAGUGCACAUAUAAAGGUCUUUCUUGACUGGACUGAGAGAGAAUAUGAAUUAUAUGAUGCCAGCUAUCUGAGAGAUCUUCCCGAAGUCCACAAAACCGGUUUCUCUGUGAAAAAAACCCGCCAAGAAGCUAUUUCUUUGUUUUCAUGCUUGGAGGCAUUCUUGACUGAAGAACCUCUAGGACCAGAUGACAUGUGGUACUGCCCUCAAUGCAAGGAACACAGACAGGCUACCAAGAAACUGGACUUGUGGAAAUUGCCAGAGAUUCUGGUUUUUCACUUAAAACGAUUCUCGUAUAGCAGAUACUUGAAAAACAAACUUGACACCUUUGUGAACUUUCCUAUUCACAAUCUUGAUUUGACUAAGUAUGUGAAGAAUAAGGAAGGACAGCCCUAUGUGUAUAACCUUUAUGCAAUCAGCAACCAUUAUGGUGGUCUAGGUGGUGGGCAUUACACUGCAUAUGCUAAGUUGAUUGAUGAUAAUAAGUGGUACCAUUUUGAUGACAGUCAUGUCAGCCCUGUUAGUGAAGCUGAAAUUAAAUCUUCGGCUGCAUAUGUGUUAUUUUAUCAGAGAGUUGGAAGUAAAAGCCAGAUGGAAGGAGAGAUGUCUUAG